GCCCUGUUUAGGUUCGGCCAAGUACCAUUACAAGUCGCUGACCUCUCUGCAUCCUCAAAAGUAGAAGUAGACUGGUGAUUCUUCAGAUAAUUCUUAAUUUUAAAAAAUGAUAAUAAUAAUUUAAGAAGUUAAAGUGAUCUCCGAAAGGAAGGUACGUCAAGUGCCCAGCACUUCUAGCUACCAGGACCCAUCGCCAUCUGAUUAUAAAGCGCAGCGCCCUACGAAGUAUUUACUGCGUCAGGCCUUCCCUUUAACUUCGUAUCCUGCGGCGGUAGGUUCCUAAAAUGCUCUGCUGGAUCCUAACCGCUUUAGUGAAUCACCGUUUGUUGUGGCUUCCUCUUUGGGAACCGUUCAUGUUACUCGGAUAUACAUGAUAAUGAGGCUGAGAGAGUUUGUUUGUAGAUUCAUUUUACAUUCCGGGAAAUGUUAACUCGAAUUCAUUCCAUAAACCUUUAUGUUUUUGGUAUCUACAGUCUUCUUUGUACACACAGAGGAAAUUCCCCAUCUGUCUUCCUUAAUUACUUUUCACUCUCAUGUGGCUUUUUUCCCUCCCCAAGGGGCUUCAGAGCAAAAGGAACUAUUAGUUCAGUGAUUAUUGGACUGGAGCUUUUUCUUCUCUCUCGCCCCACCUCCCUCUCUCUGGAUUUGGCCCAACCGAGUAAGUGUGCCGCUGACUGACACAUUGGAGAAAACUGGCCUGUUUGCGAGUCUUCCUGUUUUAGACCUUAUGCUGUCAACAACCUCUUUGGAGGCUAUGGCUGAAGAGCCCGAUCCUGAGGCCCCACGAGACAGUUCAGAAUGGCUCUUCUCCUUCGGAGUUAUAGCUGAUAUUCAAUAUGCUGACUUAGAAGAUGGGUACAAUUUCCAGAGAAACAGACGGCGGUACUACAGACACAGCCUUCGUCACCUGCAGAGUGCCAUUGAAGAGUGGAACAAAGAAGGCAUCGUGCCCUGCUGUGUCCUCCAACUUGGGGAUGUCAUCGACGGCUACAAUGCGCAGUGUAAGACAUCCGAGAAGUCUCUAGAGCUCGUUAUGGACGCGUUUCAGCUGCUUCAAGUCCCCGUUCAUCAUACGUGGGGAAACCAUGAAUUUUAUAACUUCAGCAGAGACUACCUCACAAACUCUAAACUUAACACAAAGUUUCUAGAAGACCGGAUUAUGCAUCACCCCGAGACCGUCCCUUCAGAGAAUUAUUAUGCUUACCAUUUUGUCCCCUUCCCUGAAUUCCGGUUCAUUUUACUUGAUGCUUAUGACUUGAGUAUCUUGGGUAUAGAUCAGUCUUCUCCAAGAUACCAGCAGUGUCUGAAGAUUCUGAAGGAGCACAAUCCAAACGCGGAAUUGAAUAGUCCUCAAGGACUGUGUGAGCCCCAGUUUGUGCAGUUCAAUGGAGGAUUCAGCCAAGACCAGCUGAACUGGUUGAAUGAUGUUCUGAAGUUCUCUGACAUAAACCAAGAAAAGGUGGUGAUCGUGAGUCAUAUCCCCAUUUACCCAGAAGCCUCUGACUCUGUGUGCCUGGCCUGGAAUUACAGAGAGGCCCUGGAAGUCAUUUGGUCUCACAAGUGUGUGGUGUGUUUCUUGGCCGGUCACACACAUGACGGUGGCUACUCUGAAGAUCCUUCUGGUGUGCACCACGUCGACCUAGAAGGAGUCAUUGAAACUGCUCCAGACAGCCAGGCUUUUGGCACAGUUCAUGUCUACUCUGACAAAAUGGUGUUGAAAGGAAGAGGCAGAGUUCCAGACAGAAUUAUGAACUAUAAGAAGGAACUCCUCUGAGAUUGCUUUACCUUGUGUAUAGAAAGAGGAAGACUUUGCUCUGGGCUCGUUCCAGUCACACAACAAGGAAAUCACAAAAUAAAUAUCCUGAACCUCAUUGUUGUGCAUCUUUGAUAACCAAAUGUGUUCAUGCUUCAGAGUUUGUUGAUAAAAUACUUGAAAAUUGCACUUUCGAAUGAUACAUUCAUUCCUGAGAGUUAGAAAAAACAAAGGAGGAGUCUGCAGUGGGAGUAUAUAGUGCUAAUGAGGGAUCUUAGUUGUGUUUACCUAAAAAAAUGUUGGUUUAUAAAGAGAAUGUAUUCAUGUUAGCUGAAUAACUUAAAAUAUAAUAAAAAAUGAAGUUCUGUUAA